CCACCAUAAAAAUCUCGAACCUGCGGAGUUUCGCUCGAGGAGCUGCGAUAAUUUCACGUUCUGUGUUGCACAAAGUGAGUCAAUUGCGGAAAAUAACGCUGCUUUAUCACACCGAAUCUUCGUAAACAGCAAAAUGGCCACACAGUUUCUGAACCGCAUCGGGCAGCUUGGCCUGGGAGUGGCAGUGAUCGGCGGAGUGGUAAACUCGGCGUUAUAUAACGUCGACGGAGGCCACCGGGCUGUUAUUUUCGAUCGAUUCAGUGGUGUAAAGCAGGAAGUUUCGGGUGAAGGAACACACUUCUUCGUCCCGUGGGUACAGCGCCCGAUCAUCUUCGACAUUCGGUCGCAGCCCCGCAACGUACCGGUGGUGACGGGCAGCAAGGAUUUGCAGAAUGUAAACAUUACGCUGCGUAUCCUGUUCCGCCCGGUACCGGACCAGUUGCCGAAGAUUUACACCAUCCUGGGUCAGGAUUACGACGAGCGUGUGCUGCCCUCGAUCACGACUGAGGUGCUGAAGGCGGUGGUGGCUCAGUUUGAUGCCGGUGAGUUGAUCACGCAGCGUGAGAUGGUCUCGCAGAAAGUGUCCGACGAUCUGACAGAGCGUGCCUCCCAAUUCGGUGUCAUCCUGGAUGAUAUCUCCAUCACGCAUCUCACAUUCGGCAAGGAGUUCACGCAAGCCGUCGAAAUGAAGCAGGUCGCCCAGCAGGAGGCCGAAAAGGCUCGGUUCCUGGUCGAGAAGGCAGAACAGAUGAAACAGGCGGCGAUCAUUACGGCAGAAGGUGAUGCCGAAGCCGCCAAGAUGUUGGCCCGUUCGCUGAAGGAAUCCGGUGAUGGUUUGAUCGAGUUGCGUCGUAUUGAAGCGGCCGAAGACAUUGCCUACCAGAUGAGCCGAUCGCGCGGAGUGAAUUACUUGCCGGCUGGACAACAGACGUUGCUCAGUCUCCCGCAGUAACCGGCCAGUGCACAAUCACAAUCCGGAAGAUGUUUUAAUGUAUAAGCCAAACGCGUGUGUGUGUACAAGUGCUGAUCCUGUGCUGGCGAAGCGGUAGGACGGUGCCAAGCGUUAUUAUUGAAGGCACCUUUUGCCGUAUCACCGUUACUGCUGGCCACGAAGAACAAAUCCUUGAGUGCGCCGUGGGUUUCGUGUACACGCAUCAGGAAAGCAUUUAACAACACCUGUUUCCCGGUGGUUCUAUGAGAUAGGGAUAAAUACACUUUAGUUUAGCGAUCGAUCCGUAUGAAGAGCAUUGUUGUACAUUGCAUUUGGGCAUUCGUGUGGCAGCAAUAAAGCAAAACACGUACAGAA